CCCUUUCCACAUUGGAUCUGCUUUGAUGGUUCAGUCUAAGCCAUGGAGACAGGAAACCACAGCUGUGGGACAGAUUUCACCCUCGUUGGUCUUUUCCAGUAUGGACACAUGGUCACCUUCCUCUUCACAGUCAUCACCAUCCUCUUUGCAGUGGCUCUCAUAGGCAACAUCACACUGGUCCAUCUCAUCAGGCUGGACCGAGCACUCCACACCCCCAUGUACUUCCUCCUCAGCCAGCUCUCCAUCAUUGACAUGAUGUACAUCUCCACCACUGUGCCCAAGAUGGCAGCUAACUUCCUCUCAGACACCAAGGCCAUUUCCUUUAUGAGUUGUGCAAUCCAAGCCUUUGUGUUUCUGACCCUGGGUGGGUCUGAGGCCCUCCUGCUGGGCUUCAUGUCCUAUGACAGGUAUGUAGCCAUCUGCCGGCCCUUGCACUACCCUGUGCUCAUGAGCAGGAGGAUCUGCUGCUCCAUGGUUGCCAGUGCCUGGAGCAGCAGCUCCAUCAAUGCUUUAGUGCACACAGUGUAUGUAUUUCAACUUCCGUUCUGUGGAUCUAGGAUGGUUAACCACUUCUUCUGUGAGGUUCCAUCUCUCCUGCCACUGGUGUGUGAAGACACCUCCCAAUAUGAGCAUACAGUCCUCAUGAGUGGGCUUGUCAUUCUGCUGCUACCCUUUCUGGCCAUCCUAGCUUCCUAUGCCCGGGUGUUGGUUGUUGUAUUCCAGAUGGGUUCAGGGCAGGGACAGAGUAGAGCUAUGUCCACCUGCUCCUCCCACCUGACUGUGGCCAGCCUCUUCUAUGUCACUGGCCUCUCCACCUACACCCAGCCACACUCCUUUCACUUUCCUGGAAGGGACAAAGUGGUGGCUGUUCUCUACUCAAUCGUGACCCCUGUUCUGAACCCAUUCAUCUACAGUCUGAGGAACAAGGAGGUCAUGGGAGCCCUGAGGAGACAAAUGGGAUGAUGGGUAGUGACUAGGGACUUUGAGUCACCCUGUGGACUGAUCUAAAGGCU